AUGGACAAGGUCCUCCACGGCCUGGACCAUCAAACAGACAGUCUGGACCAGAAGCUACUGGAAGGUUGGCGACAGUGUAUUCAAAUCGCCCAGCCUCCCAAACCUCAAAGACCAUUGCCAACCACGAUGGACAGCCAGGAAAGCUUCAGCGACAACAUCCAUCAGAUGUGGCGGCUUCGACAAGGUCUCCGCUCCAUGCCGGGCCUUGACACGACAGCGCCAGCCACCGCUCUGCCGCAACAAGUAUUUGCAGGAUGGAGCAAGGCAGCCACACUCCAGGCCAUCACUCGCAAGGUGAGGAAGGCAGGGAGGGAUCGCAAGAUUCAGAAGGUCAAGCAAGUCCUAGAUUCAGGAGACAUUUUCAAGACGGCCAAGUGUCUAGCCCCCAAGACCCCGAAGCGUAGGAUACAGCUCAGGGAUGAACAAGGGAGAAUGCAGUCACAUGAUCAAGAGCACGGUCAGCUGGUGGACUACUUCAGAAAGCUCUAUGACGGACUGCGAUCCCCUCCAUCGCUCGUGACUAAGCCUAUCACAUUCGAGGAGGAAAUCACUGCAGCCAUAGCCAAAAUGUCUCCCGCCAAGGUCAUGCCUUCAUGCAGCGCUCCGACUGCGUUGUGGAAGUGGACGUCCAAGUCUGCAGCUCAUAUACUUCGGCAGCAAUUUGAGUAUGUUUUCCAACCAGGUGAAGUGCAUAUGCCCUCUGCAUGGAACGUGAGCGAGCUUGUCCUACUUCCUAAACCAGGCAAACCUUUGCGCAAGCCAUCAGAUCUCAGACCAAUUUCGUUAUUGCCACCAGAGAUGAAGAUAUUAUCCUCAGUCAUUGCGGCGUGCAUUCGGCCACAGGUGCAGACCUACCUGGCAUCGAUCCCACAGUUCGCCUACGUUUCAGGCCGCGCCUUGCAAGAUGCAGUGACAAGGGUAACAUCGCAUUGCUCGGAAGUGCGUACUUUAAUACAGAGCCAAGCUUGCAACAUACACACCAAAAGAGGCGGACGGACCGAGAAAAAAUUGUAUGGCGGUGUUCAGUUGUCUUUAGACAUAUCGAAGGCUUUCGAUUGUCUACCCGGGGAAGAUCUACGACAAGCUCUGGUUGAAGCCCAAGUAGACUCGGACAUGAUAACGGCCACUCUUAUCAUACAUGAUGAAGCACGCCUCCGUAUCACCCACUGCGGUCGAAGCGCAGAGGUUGAGACGAAACGAGGAGUACUACAAGGUUCCGGACUGUCUCCAAUGCUGUGGGCAUUGUUCUCUGGGUAUGUACUUAGACAUAUGGAUACGGCGAUAAUAGAUGUGGGUAAAACAAACACGACCUACGCUGACGAUUUCCACUUUAGCUGGACUAUCACUUCUAUGGCAGAGUUUGACAAGGCUUACGCCGCUAUCAAGCACGUCCUCCAAGUUCUACAACAAAGAGGCCUCAGCAUUAGCGCAGAUAAGACAGUCAUCAUCUUGGACAUCAGAGGAAAAUAUGCCAAGAAAGCUUUGCGCAGGUAUGUGGUCAAGACGAGCAAAGGCAGAUGCAUACGUGUCAAACUUGGCUCACAAUGCCUGGAUCUCAAAAUUGUCGCCAGCCAUGUAUAUUUAGGAAUCAAGAUUUCCUUCCGCAAAUUUGAGAUGGAAACAGCACAGCAUCGUCUACAGCUCGCCAGGAGCGUCUUCAGCAGACUCAAGACCAUCUUGUGUUGCCAAGCCGUUCCUCAAAUUUUGCGCCUGCGCCUUUGGCAAAGCUGCGUUCCGCCUAGCCUCCUACAUGGUCUUGACUGCACAGGCGUCACAGAGGUCAUUGCUGGCAAGAUCAGAAGUCUGGUCACUCAACAGCUCCGACAGAUAGUCAGAUCAUACAGCAUGUUCACGCAUGAGGCCAAUGAGGACCUGCUCAUCAGGCUGCAUGUUGAAGACCCCAUCGACCGCGUCUACAAGGCCUUCGAUAACCGGUGUUCCAAACCGUCCAUGGACUUUGAGCGCCUGCAGGUUUGGGAAUCGCAUACGCAGUGGCUGAAUGUUCUGAGGGGCCGCCUAUUUGACAAUUCAGAAGCGGCGCGGCAGAGUGCUCAGGAUGUCCACAUCGGCUCUGCUGGCCAAUCUUCUGCUAGAGCUUGGGUGGUGCCAGUCAACCUAGUCACAGAACAAUUUAUUUGCCAUGAAUGCGGGUUCGCCUUUGCCACACAAGCAGCCCUCAACAGUCACAAGUACAAGAUCCACUUUGCAGAGCAAGACAAGGAGACCAGACAGGCAGAAAUUCAUAAGCACAAACAACAUCCAGCCACAGAACACGCUCGAGAUGGCAUGCCCACCUGCAAGCAUUGUGGACACCAGUUUGAGACGUGGCCGGCUUUUACAUAUCACGUCAAUUCCAGGAACUGUGCUGAAAUAAGAUUCUUCUAUGCUCAAGAGAACAACCGGGAUCAGCUAGCCACGCUCCAAGAUGCAUUGACAUAUAGAGAUGAGCUGCUACAGGCGGCAACCUCUCUCACGUGGCGUGAGAUGGCUGAGCUUCACGUGGUCAAACAGCAUCACAAUCACUGCUUAGAAUGUCAUCACUGGUGUGCCUCGCCCAUGUAUGUGAAGCGUCGCAUGAAAUCCAAGCACCCAGAACUGACAGAGAUAGUGCAGGACGUGACAGCCAAAAUCACCCAGAGCGAUUUGGCUCUCAAAGGCCCCUGUAGAUUCUGUGGACAGACCUUCAAGAACAGGACUUCAGCGUGGCCGCAGCACUGGAAGGAGCCGCUGGCGCAGGCCACGAGCGAGUUGGACAUGAUCCGAGCCUUGACCCCAACUUUGCAAGCGACCCCAUCGGCCCCAGCAACUUCGACAGAGGCACCAGCGCCUGUCCCAGACCAGGCCAUGGACGCUUCGGACAAGUCCGCCACGAGGGCCAGGACGGAGGAUUCAGACGACAAGGGCAAAGACAGGCAGGCAAAACGGUCAAGACCAGCAAGCAAAGGGAAUCAGCAGGGCCGAGGCAAAGGUCAAUCGCAGAAUUCCUCCAAGUGGGAAAACUGGUCGAACUGGAAGGAUCACGACAAGGACAAGAGCGACCUAAAUCAGCUCAAGCAGCACGUCGACAUGCUGACGACCCUGGUUCUCAGACAGGAGCGCCAGUUGAUGAUAAAUCGCCAGGAUACCAGCUACAUUAUCUUCAUCAGGACGGAUGUGACGCCCAGCCUGGCGGUGAUGUCAUUCAACAUUGGUCAGAGCUGGAAACAGGCCAAAACUUCGAAUCCG